UUUAUAUUAUUUGAGCAUUAUUAUUAUUAUUAUUAUUUCUCCACAUUUCAUUAAUUUUUCUUUAAUAUUUGCUAACCCUCUAACAUUUUUUCCCUCCUCUUCAAUACUCCUAAACAAAAAAAAAAGAGUUUUGGUUAUUCCAAAAACAUGGAUGUAAUAUUUGUUUGCUCUACUCUCAUUCUCCUUACCCUAUUUUCAUCAAUCAUGUUAUUAUUAUUCUCUCCAAAAAGAAUUAGAAGAAGAAGAAGAUCUGAAAUCCAUCAUGCUAUUAUUCCAAAGCUUCCACCAGGUUCAAUGGGGUGGCCUUACAUAGGGGAAACCCUCCAACUCUAUUCUCAAGACCCCAAUCUUUUCUUCUUCACCAAACAAAAAAGGUAUGGUGAGAUAUUCAAGAGCAACAUACUAGGUUGUCCAUGUGUGAUGCUUACAAGCCCUGAGGCAGCAAGGUUUGUGUUAGUGACUCAUUCACACUUGUUCAAGCCAACAUACCCAAAAAGCAAGGAACGUUUGAUUGGUCCUUCUGCCUUGUUCUUUCAUCAAGCUGAAUAUCACAUGCGCCUUAGAAAGCUUGUUCAGAGGUCCCUCUCUCUUGAUUCACUCAAGAUUUUGGUGCCAAAAAUUGAAGCCUUAGCUCUCUCUUCCAUCCAAAAUUGGGCUCAUCAUCAUAAUAACAAUGGCCAUGUUGUUAACACAUUCAAGGAAAUGAAAAGGUUCUCCUUUGAUGUUGGAAUCCUUACAAUUUUUGGGUAUCUAGAGCCACAUUUGAAGGAGGAAUUAAAGAAGAACUACUGGAUUGUGGACAAAGGCUAUAAUUCUUUUCCAUCUACCAUUCCAGGAACACAAUAUCAAAAAGCUCUCUUGGCAAGAAAGAAACUUGGGAAGAUUCUAUGUGAGAUAAUUUGUGAGAGAAAGGAGAAGAAAUUGGUUGAUAGAGAUCUAUUGAGUUGUCUACUAAAUUGGAAAGGUGAAGGAGGAGAAACUUUGAAUGAUGAUCAAAUUGCAGAUAACAUUAUUGGAGUGCUUUUUGCUGCUCAAGACACCACAGCUAGUGUCAUGACAUGGAUAGUCAAGUAUUUGCAUGAUCAACCCAAGCUUCUCCAAACUGUAAAGGCAGAACAAAAGGCUAUUCAAAAGUCAAAUGAAGUAGAUAACCUUCCAUUGAGUUGGAACCAAACUAGAAACAUGCCAAUCACUUAUAAGGUUGUGUUAGAGAGCUUGAGAAUGUCAAGCAUAAUAUCAUUCCCUUUCAGAGAAGCAGUUGCUGAUGUUGAGUACAAGGGGUUCCUUAUACCAAAAGGGUGGAAAGCAAUGCCAUUGUUCAGAAAUAUUCAUCACAAUCCAGAAUUUUUCUCUGAGCCUCAGAAAUUCAACCCUUCAAGGUUUGAGGUUGCACCAAAACCCAAUACAUUCAUGCCAUUUGGCAGUGGAGUACACGCCUGCCCCGGUAAUGAGCUAGCAAAGCUUGAGACAAUGAUUAUGGUCCAUCAUUUGGUCACCAAGUUUAGGUGGGAAUUGGUAGGAUCAGAAUGUGGGAUUCAAUAUGGGCCAUUUCCAUUGCCAUUGAAUGGACUUCCAACCAAAUUUCGGAGAGAAUCUACCACCUACAAUUGAAAUAAAGAAGAU